AUGAAGAUCUCAAUAGUCACUAAUAACUCUGGGACUGUCAGUGAGUUUAUCCUCUUGGGUUUCACUUGUCAAAAAGAAACUCAAAGCACCCUUCUUAUGUUGUUCUCUAUCAUUUACCUCCUCACCAUCAUGGGGAAUACAUCUAUCAUCUGUGCUGUGUGGUCAAGUCAGCAACUCUACACUCCCAUGUAUACUCUCUUGGCCAAUUUCUCCUUCUUAGAAAUCUGCUAUGUUAACUCUGAUGUGCCCAAAAUGUUGGCCAACAUGCUCUCUGAAACCAAAACCAUCUCUUUUACUGGCUGCUUGCUUCAGUUCUAUUUCUUCUUCUCCACGUGUGCCUCUGAAUGCUUGUUUUUGUCUGUGAUGGCAUUUGAUCGCUACCUUGCCAUCUGCCAGCCUCUACACUACUCUACCAUCAUGACCCACAGCCUCUGUAUUAACUUGGCAUUCUUCUGCUGGGUGGGUGGCUUCCUUUGGUUACUGACCCCUGUGAUCCUACUCUCACAGGUACCCCUCUGUGGCCCAAACAUCAUUGACCACUUUCUGUGUGACCUGGGGCCAUUGUUGGCCCUGUCCUGUGCCCCAGUCCCCAGGACUACUUUGGCCUGUGGUACCAUCAGCUCUCUCAUCAUCUUCAUCACCUUCCUCUACAUACUAGGUUCCUAUUCCCAUGUCCUGAGAGCUGUACUGAGGGUGCCAUCAGGCUCUGGAAGAAAUAAGGCCUUCUCAACAUGUGCCUCCCAUUUCACUGUGGUGUCUCUAUUCUAUGGCUCAGUCAUGGUGAUGUAUGUGAGCCCAGGAUCUGGGAAUGAAUCUGGAAUGCAGAAGUUUAUAACCUUGUUCUACUCCAUGGCAACUCCAUUCUUCAAUCCCCUGAUCUACAGCCUCCGGAACAGAGAUAUGAAGAAAGCUCUAAAGAAACUCUUGGGUGGGUUGUCCCAGAGAUUCCCUAAAGUACAGAAGAAAUGA